UGUCUUAAGCGAAAUCGCUUAAAACUUGUACUGUGGUUGUUUCUAUGGAGUGAAAUUGUUUUGAAAUAACCGAGCAACUGCUACACAAUUUAUUCGCAGCCGAAAGGCUUUGAGGCAUGCUAUAAUGUUGGUCGAGCCAAGUCCAACAGAAGCUACCAACUGGACAACGAAUUACAGCACCGUACCGAACUACUACAUCACAUUCUACGACGAGACCAGCAAUCGGUAUUAUAAUCACACGAAAAAUGCGACUGAAGAAUACCAAUCAUUCAUCCUACCAUGGUGGCGUCAAGUGCUAUGGACGGUGCUGUUCGCAGGCAUGGUGGUGGUGGCGACGUUGGGAAACGUCGUGGUCAUAUGGAUCGUUCUUGCCAACAAGCGAAUGAGAAGCGUAACAAAUUAUUUUCUGGUAAACCUUUCAGUAGCAGAUACUAUGGUGUCAACAUUGAACGUCACUUUCAACUUUACGUACAUGCUGUACUCGGAUUGGCCCUUCGGUCACUUCUACUGCAAGUUUUGUCAGUUCAUCGCAGUGCUCAGCAUAUCAGCCUCCGUGUUCACUCUGAUGGCCAUCAGCAUUGACCGAUAUGUUGCAAUCAUGAGUCCUCUUAGACCGAGGCUCGGUAAAAGGGCCACUCUCGGCAUAGCCGCUGCUAUUUGGGCCGGUAGCUCCAUCAUCAGCAGUCCCAACAUCAUCUACUUCACAACUGACGUGGAUGUACUACCAGAUGGAAAUACCAGACGAGUGUGUUUUCCCGAGUGGCCAGACAGCACCAGUGAGAAGCCUCAGUUCGAAUAUGUAUACAACGUAGCUUUUAUGGUGCUCACUUACUUCCUGCCAAUCAUAUCUAUGACGUAUACGUACGCGAAGGUCGGUGUGGAGUUAUGGGGAUCCAAGUCAAUCGGCGAGUGUACGCAGCGUCAGCUUGACAACGUUAAAAGCAAACGGAGGGUGGUCAAAAUGAUGAUCGUGGUCGUGGUGAUAUUCGCGGUAUGCUGGUUACCGUUCCACGUUUACUUCGUGAUCACAUCCUACUAUCCGAACGUGGUGACCUACCCCUACAUACAAGAAAUAUACCUCGGCAUUUACUGGCUGGCGAUGAGCAAUUCCAUGUACAACCCCAUUAUUUACUGUUGGAUGAAUUCGAAGUUCAGACGCGGAUUCAAGCAGUUCUUCUGGUGUUGCGGCGCGCUUGGUGGCGGCCUCAGUCGUCAUCGCGCCUUCGGACCCGACCGACUUGACCGCUCAAUGCGCUCGUUCUCACCUAGCAGAAAAAACGGCACAAGUACGAUUCGAAUUUCGUUACACAGCACGUAUAACAAUCCGCUAAUGGGUAGUACCUGACAACGACGCGGGGCGUACGGCACACACGGCGACCGCGGAGCAAAUGACGCUCAGGCGCACAGCGAGGAACGUACAUGGAUAUGACGCGAGAACCGCCCGCGCCCCGCACUUACCCCGCAUGAUCUCUAUGGGUGAACUGAGUGAAUAGUGACCAAUCACAUCAUUUAUUCGAAAUUUAAAUUAUUUUUGCAAACGUUGUGCAUUAAUAAUUUUGCUUAUUUUUUAUUUAUAGUGUUUAAUUGAAUUCAAGGUAUGGACCAAGUUACUUCAAAUAUAAAUGUUAUAUACUUACUUAACAAAUGGAAUUCCGCAUGAUGAGAAAAUCUUGAUUUACAUUUAAAGAUUCCUAUAGAAUAAAAAACAAAAUCUUCCUCUCUGAAGGCUCGAAUAGGCCUUCUUAUGUCACGUUAGCAAUGAAGUUGACCGACGAAACGAGAGUUACUGAGAAUAUUUUACUAUCUUGAAAUAAAAUUAGCUUUGUAUUAUCCCUGUAUUAAUUAAUUUUAUUUAAGUUUUAAUAAAGACAGAAUAUUGUAUAUAUUAUUUGUCUCGUCAACAAUAAAUUGUCGUGCAAAACAUUUCAUUAAGCUCACUAAAGGCUGAUAAAACACAAGAUAUUAAAAAUUCUAUUCACAUUUUAUUAAAUAAUAUUAAUUGAUGUCUUUUAUUU